GAGAGACAGACAGGUGGAGAGACAGACAGGUGGAGAGACAGACAGGUGGAGAGACAGACAGAGAACCUGGAGAGAAAAUUAUAAUAAACAGCAUCAUUAUGGAGUGGAUGUAAACACUCUGUGAUGGAGGUCUCGCUGCGUCUCCUUCUCCUGCGCUGAUCUCAGUGGAUUAUCACACAGACGGUGUGGAAUUUUAUGUGUGAAACUUUGUGUCUGUGUGUGUGUGUGUGUGUGUGUGUGUGUGUGUGUGUGUGUGAGAGAGAGAGAGAGAGAGAGAGAGAGAGAGAGAGAGAGAGAGUAUUUGGUACCUCACUGAUGAAUCCUGCAGGAUCGCCUGUGACUCGAGACGAGGAAAUGUGACUCAGACGCAGAUGUCAGUCUGUGCCAACUGAACUGACAAAUCAGGGGGCUUGGCAUCAGGAUGGCUCCGCCCCCUCCGACCAAUGCUCCACACGUGUGCUUGUCUUGUGUGGUGAUCGUGAGCAGCAUGGCGCUGAUGGACGCGUACCUGGUGGAGCAGAACCACGGUCCGCGUAAGAUCGGCGUAUUCAUAGUGGUGAGCGUGGGCGACGUGUGCUUCCUCAUCGCACUGCGCUACAUCGCCGUCUGGGUCGGAACCGAGCUCAGGACCGCAAAGCGUGGAUACGCCAUGAUCCUCUGGUUCUUCUACAUUUUUGUUUUGGAGAUCAAAGUCUACUUCAUCUACCAGAACUACAAAUCAGACCGGAAGAGUCUGGAUGCUCUGACACGUAAAGCUUUAACGCUGCUCCUCUCCGUGUGCGUUCCCGUAUUGUUCAUUAUUCUGGUCGCUGUGGAUCACAUGGAGUAUGUCAGGGCAUUUAGGAAAAAGGAGGAGAUACGGAACCGGCUCUUCUGGGUCGUAGUGGAUCUCCUGGACGUUCUGGACAUCCAGGCCAACCUAUGGGAGCCUCAAAAGAAAGGCUUUCCACUGUGGGCCGAGGGAUUGAUGUUCUUCUACUGCUACAUCCUGCUGCUGGUGCUGCCGUGCGUUAGCCUGAGCGAGAUUAGCAUGCAGGGCGUCAACAUCAGCCCACACAAGAUGAUGCUCUACCCCAUUCUGAGCCUCAUCACCAUCAACAUCGUCACCAUUUUCAUCCGAGGAGGAAACAUGCUGCUGUACAAAGACGGCCGCGUCUCGGGGAUCCUCCUGGGGAAGAACGUCCUGGCCAUCAUGAUGAAGAUGUGCAGCUUUGUGCAGUACAGGAAGCAGCUGCAGAGCGCUAACCUCAGUGUUAACACUCCUCCUCCUCCUCUUCCUCCUCCUCCUGCUCCUGCUGCUCCUCCUGCGGCAGCCUUCAGCGUCGAGCUUCACAAAAACUCACUGACCCACUGUCGAGAUGUUUCUCAAACACCACUUCCUGAACUGACUACACCUGAACACACAUGACACACACAUACACACACACACACACACACACACACUGGACUUCUGAUGCUUCUGAUGAUGAUGAAGAACCGUUUUUAGACUGUGGGCCAAAUGUGAUGUUGAAACUGUUCAUAUCUGCUGGGAGGGGCUUAAACUGUAUAAUGGGUGGGGCUUAUACUGUGUGAUGGGAGUAGCCUAUA